GCUUUACCACUUCUAAAUCAAGGGCUCCAGGCCGUGCAUGGAACUUCCUGUUUCUCAGUAAAAUGGUGUUAGUUCUGUAAAAGAAGCUCCAUCUUGCUUUUGUAGUCGUUCAUCACUCAGGUCCAAGAUCUCCAUCAAGUACAGAGAGAGGAUUGUUCUCUGGACAAAAUGAGAAUACAGGUCAUUUUUGGAGUCCUGCUGAUUUACACCCACGUUGUCAUGGGUUCACUGUUUCAGGAUCAUGUUGUCUGUAGAUUUAAUCAGAGUAAUCAGUGUUAUGUAGCUGUGGGACAACGACUGCACCUGCAAAUGCCGCUGGAGGAUGGGUUUGACCUAAAGACCACUAGUUUAAUUUUAAGAUAUAGAAAACAAAGCCCCCCACCAACACCAACAAAAUAUUUCCCAAGAUGGCAGUUUGUUAAUGAUAAUAAAACUAUGAUACUAACCAGUGCAGAGAGGAACGACUCUGGAACAUACACUUUAAACAUCUUUGACGUAGACGGGAGAAUUAAAAGCAAUUCUACUCUCCAGGUGAACAUUGAAGCUCAGGUGUCCUCAGUGAAAGUGUCCUACAGCUGCUUGUCCUCUGGAGUCAUGAAAGUGACCUGUUCUGCUGAUGGAGACAACCUUCACUUCAGCUGGACUUCUGACUUUAACACACUCCCUCAACUGGAGAACGGGACCAGCACUGUCACACUGGAACAAGACCAUCAAGGAAACAUCACCUGCCAUGUAGAAAAUCAUGUGAGCCGUGACCACGAUACUGCUGAACUCCACCAAUGUCCUGGUUCACUGUUUCAGGAUCAUGUUGUCUAUAGAUUUAAUCAGAUUAAACUGUGUUAUGUAGCUGUGGGACAACGACUGCACCUGCAAAUGCCGCUGGAGGAUGGGUUUGAACUAAAGACACCUAGUUUCAACUUAACAUAUAGAAAAAACCAAAGUUCCCCAACACCAACACCACAUGACUCAAGAUGGCAGUUUGUUAAUGAUAAUAAAACUAUGAUACUAACCAGUGCAGAGAGGAACGACUCUGGAACAUACACUUUAUACAUCAUUGAUGUAGACGGGAGAAGUAAAGGCAGUUAUACUCUCCAGGUGAACAUUGAAGCUCAGGUGUCCUCAGUGAAAGUGUCGUCCAGCUGCUUGUCCUCUGGAGUCAUGAAAGUGAACUGUUCUGCUGAUGGAGACAACCUUCACUUCAGCUGGACUUCUGACUUUAACACACUCCCUCAACUGGAGAACGGGACCAGCACUGUCACACUGGAACAAGACCAUCAAGGAAACAUCAUCUGUCAUGUAGAAAAUCAUGUCAGCCGUGACCACGAUACUGCUGAACUCCACCAAUGUCCUGGUUCACUGUUUCAGGAUCAUGUUGUCUGUAGAUUUAAUCAGAUUAAACAGUGUUAUGUAGCUGUGGGACAACGACUGUACCUGCAAAUGCCGCUGGAGGAUGGGUUUGACCUAAAGACCACUGGUUUAAUUUUAAGAUAUAGAAAAACCCAAAGUUCCCCACCAACACCACAUCUCCCAAGAUGGCAGUUUGUUAAUGAUAAUAAAACUAUGAUACUAACCAGUGCAGAGAGGAACGACUCUGGAACAUACACUUUAAACAUCUAUGAUGUAGACGGGAGAAGUAAAGGCAGUUAUACUCUCCAGGUGAACAUUGAAGCUCAGGUGUCCUCAGUGAAAUUGUCCUACAGCUGCUUUUUCUUCAAAGUCAGGAAAGUGUUCUGUUCUGCUGAUGGAGACAACCUUCACUUCAGCUGGACUUCUGUGUCAAUCACUCGGUUGGAGGACGACAACAAAACUCUCGUACUGGAUAAAAUACAUAAUAAUAAUGUCACCUGUCAUGUAGAAAAUCACAUCAGUCGUGAGCACAAUUCAAUUAUCCUCCUGACUUGUAUUGACCUCAUUCUAGUGAUCCUGAGCUCAGUUUGUCUGAUUCUCAUUGUACUAGCUGUCUUAGUGUUUUGUGUCUACAAGAAGAGACAAGGCCAAAGGAUCGAAGCCCCUUCUCAGGACAGCAUGCAGCUUGUGUACGCGGAGGUCACCCACUCAGCCAGGAACAGGACAGACACAAGACCCAGCACGUCCCCAGCGCAGAACGAGGGUGUGGAGUACGGCACGGUGGUCACAUCCAAUCAGAAGAAGAAAGAGGAUGAUGUGCAGUACGGAGAGCUGGUGUUUAACACUCCUGCACAAAAAAAGUGCAAGGUGCCCAAAGUACAAGAAGAUUGUGUGUACUCAGGAGUCCAGCGCAGUUAGUGAGUGACACAAUAUCAGCCUGUCUAAAGAUGCAUCAUUAACAUAGUUUUUUUUUAUUUAGUAUUUUUUUACACAUAGCUUUGUUACUAUGAUCAUCCUGGUAGAGGAAGUUGAUGGAAUUCCACCCAUACAAACUAAACCCUGCUUAAAGUAUACAAAAAAUGUCUACAAAAAAGAAAUUAAAGAAUUUAUACCUUUUUUUUGCUGUUUAAAUGUAAUGCAUCAGUUGCCAUUUUAAAUCCAUAGUAUUUUAUAACAGUGUUUAUGGUGUUAGUUAUGUACAGUAUUUUCCGCACUAU